UUCAGUGUCCCUUUAAAUACGGUUAGUAAAAACCUCCCACUCCAUUGUAACAAUGUAACAUUCACACAGAACACUUUCCUUAGAAUGCCUGCAGGGGUCAGGCCCUUAAUUUUGUUCCACACUGAUAAGCAACAUUACACUGCCAAAAAUAAUGCUUACUGAGGAGCUUUUAUUCCAACAAAUCAUAAAUGGCAAAUCAUUUUUGGUUUCGGUUUUGGUUUUGUUUAGCCACACCCAACUUAAUUCUCUUCCCUGGUUUGGUGAAGGUGUGGUCAUGCUCUGGGUUAUAAAGUCAAACAGCUGGUUCAUUGCUAAGUACUGGAGAUAGGAAGAUGGCAGAUUGUGGUGUGAUCAUAAAUAACCUUAAUCUGAGGAAGGGGCACGGCCUGGCAUUGAAAGGACUCAUACCCAAAUAUGCUAACGGGUUCGCCAUAAACCUGGGCAAAGACGCCUCCAACUUUAUCCUUCAUUUCAACGCACGGUUUAACCUUCAUGGUGACACGAACACCAUAGUGUGCAAUUCCAAGGAGAGUAAUUACUGGGGGGCGGAGCAAAGGGAAAGAGCAUUUCCUUUCAAGCAGGGAGAGGAAACCUCAUUAUUCUUUAUAUACCGAGAAGAUAAAGUAAUAGUGAAACUUCCAGAUGGAACAGAAUUCUCAUUCCCAGUCCGGAUGCAUUUGGACACUAUUUCGUUUUUAAGCUUGGACGGUCUAGUGAUGAAUUCUCUCUCGAUGGCGUGAAAACUCUCAACUGCUGGUGAUGCUGAACGUCAUCCUCUGCUGACUUGUGAAUUUCCCAGAAUCCCACUGUGUGUGACACCUAGUAGCAGGCAUUUGAAUAAUACCUCUCUGAUCAGUCUUCAGACUCUGUGCCAUGCCCUUUUUUAUUUUGUUGGUGGAUAAUACUUUUAUUUUGUUAGUAUAUUUUAUGUUGCUUUGCCGUCCGGGGCCAUACGCAUAUCACCUUUCCUUCAUUCAAUAAAUGUGGCAGUUAUAAAUUCAGCUACUGCAACAAUCAGUCACUGUGCAGCAUGUGGGAAGACUAUGGUGCUGAAUCACACACACCAGCCUUUCUGGGGCAAUGGGGAAAGCAUCAUUUUCAGAAGUAGAUUUUACAUUUGUACCCUCUAAAUCAUGAACGUUUAAUUUUUAUUUCUAUGUCCCUUAAAAGGGAUAUUAAACCCCAAAAUCUCCUUUCAUGAUUCAGAUAGAACAACUUUCUAAUUUAUUUCUAUUAUAAAUUGUUCUUCCUUCUUUUGGUAUAUUUUGUUGAAAAACAUGUCCCUAAGAUCAAGAGUGUGCACGUGUAUGGAGCACUAUAUGGCAGCAGUUUUGUAAAAAUGUUAUCCAUUUGCAAGAGCACUAGAUGGCAGCAGUUUUGUUAGAAUGUUAUCCAUUUGCAAGAGCACUAGAUGGCAGCAGUUUUGUUAGAAUGUUAUCCAUUUGCAAGAGCACUAGAUGGCAGCAGUUUUGUUAGAAUGUUAUCCAUUUGCAAGAGCACUAGAUGGCAGCAGUUUUGUUAGAAUGUUAUCCAUUUGCAAGAGCACUAGAUGGCAGCAGUUUUGUUAGAAUGUUAUCCAUUUGCAAGAGCACUAGAUAGCAGCAGUUUUGUUAGAAUGUUAUCCAUUUACAAGAGCACUAGAUGGCAGCAGUUUUGUUAGAAUGUCAUCCAUUUGCAAGAGCACUAGAUGGCAGCAGUUUUGUUAGAAUGUUAUCCAUUUGCCAGAGCACUAGAUGGCAGCAGUUUUGUUAGAAUGUUAUCCAUUUGCAAGAGCACUAGAUGGCAGCAGUUUUGUUAGAAUGUUAUCCAUUUGCAAGAGCACUAGAUGGCAGCAGUUUUGUUAGAAUGUUAUCCAUUUGCAAGAGCACUAGAUGGCAGCAGUUUUGUUAGAAUGUUAUCCAUUUGCAAGAGCACUAGAUGGCAGCAGUUUUGUUAGAAUGUUAUCCAUUUGCAAGAGCACUAGAUGGCAGCAGUUUUGUUAGAAUGUUAUCCAUUUGCAAGAGCACUAGAAGGCAGCAGUUUUGUUAGAAUGUUAUCCAUUUGCAAGAGCACUAGAUAGCAGCAGUUUUGUUAGAAUGUUAUCCAUUUGCAAGAGCACUAGAUGGCAGCAGUUUUGUUAGAAUGUUAUCCAUUUGCAAGAGCACUAGAUGGCAGCAGUUUUGUUAGAAUGUUAUCCAUUUGCAAGAGCACUAGAUGGCAGCAGUUUUGUUAGAAUGUAAUCCAUUUACAAGAGCACUAGAUGGCAGCAAUAUUUCCUGUCAUGUAGUGCUGCAGACGCCUACCUAUGUAGCUCUUCAACACAGAAUAUCAUGAGAACAAAGCAAAUUUGAUGAUAAAAGUAAAUUGAUAAAGUUGUUUAAAAUUGCAUUUCUUAUCUUAAUCAUGACAGUUUCAUUUUGACUAGACUGUCCCUUUAAUGACAGUAAUACAGAAGGCUUCUGGAGUAAUAUUGCUACCCCUAAGGUGUCCUUUGAGAGACAGCUUUUUAAAUAGCCCUAUUCAGGAAGAGUGAUCCUUCAAGCUAUUAAACGCUCCUCGGUCAAUAAAGCUCCAGGGCUGGUUCAAAUUCCAUCAGAAUCCUAUAAAUCCUCAAUGGCCACCUCUUAUCAACUUAAUAUAACUUAUUUUAUAAAUAUUAUCUACAAAAUGAGUUGUCCUCUCCUUGUUUCACAGCCUCAAUAAUAACAUUGUUACUAAAAGAUAAAGAACCAGAGGGUAUGGAUUUUUAUAAUCCUAUCUCACUUUUAAAUAAUGGUUAUAAACUACUGACCCAUAUAAUAGCAUAUAGGCUUAAAGGGACGUGGAACCCAAUGUGUUUCUUUCAGGAUGGGAGAGAACAAACUAUUUUAAACAACUUUCCAAUUUACUUCUAUUAUAAAAUCUGCUUCAUUCCCUUGAUAUCCAUUCCUGAAGGAGCAGCAAUGCUUUACUGAGAGCUAGCUGAGCACAUCUAGUCAGCCAAUCACGAAUGUGUGCAGCCACCAAUCGCCAGCUAGCUCCCACUAGUGUGGGAUAUGGAUAUCAAGAGAACAAAGUACAUUUAAAGAUAGAAGUAAAUUUAAAAGUGUCUGAAAAUUAAGUGCUCUGUCUGAAUCAUGCAAGUUUAUUUUUGACUUUACUAUCCCUUUAAAGCUGUGCUUGACCCUCUAACACAUAUAAAGAUCAAACAGGUUUUAUUCAGGGACGGAGUUCAGUUAGAAAUCUGCAAAAGGGGAUGCUUAUUAUUAAACAUUUUUGGAAUAAGUCUCAAAACAGGCACUUUCCCCGCAAAACUUGAUUUUACAUUGAUCGCAAUUGAUGCAGAAAAAGCAUUUGAUAUUAGGUCUAAGCGAUCAUUUUAGGGACUUUAUUUGAUAGAUUAAUCUCUAAAAAUCCUUACUCCUUUCUAUCAAAUAAUGAGACGUUAUUAUCUAAAAUUGUUCUAGCUAAAUACAAUAUUGUCUGGAAUUCACCGCCAGCCUGAUGAAACGGCAUUGUAUUUGCAGUGUGUUUAAUAAACCCACUUUUUAAUAUUA